CCAACUUUAGAUUUGGCAUACUUUGUAAAAAAUAUAUUUCUUCUCUUUAUUCCCUUUGUUGCAUUUGCAUAUCACUUUUAACCCAGCGACAAGCUUUCGAUUUUACAAUCACAAAUUACGGCGUUUUUUAAGAGCGGUUUUGUUUAUUUAUUUAUUUAUCACAAAACGGCACCGAAAAUCGGCGACGACUGGCACGACGACUGGAGCUGUUUUCACCCAAACACCUACAGAAACGCUCAUAUAGCAAACCUCCGUGAUGCACUCGCCCGUAGAGGCACAGUCUCUCUCCUCUCUCCUCCAAAUCGCCUCCAACCCACCCCGCUACCCCCGAAACCCCUCAGAGCCAAAACGUGACCCUCUGGUCUUAUACAUAACACGUGUCCCUGGCAGUCAAGAUGUCAUUCUCACGCCCCUCAAACCGGACCUCAAGAACCUCAAGGAGCUCGACGUCGCUUCCUGCCUGUACUACCUCCACCGCAACGUCCCCUCUGACGCGGCCCUGGUCGUCGACCUCUCCACUCACCCUGUGCACCCCCCUACGCCGCAUAUCGCGCGGAAACCCCUUCCCACGUCUUCCGCACCCAUCACCACCGAUCUUGCAGCGCGACCUCCACCCCAUGCUGCCAUCCCAACUGUCACCCCCCUCGAGCCGCCACGGCCCUCCUCGCCCCCUCCCAAACCAGCUCGCCGCCCACUCAACGACCCGAUAUCCGCCCUCCCACUCAAACCCCCACCAUUGGCACCGCCCCGCCGCCCUCUCGGUCCACGACCUCUCGCGCUAGCCACUCCAGCCACCGUCCCAGCCACGGAGGGGGAGGAGAAUGCGCCUCUCCUCCCGCCGCGGCCGUACCAAGAAGCAACCACGCCAACAGCAGCAGCUACAUUCCAAGCUCGCGGCCGGGCAGACACCCUCUUCCCCACCAACCCACCUUCACCCAUCAACCACUCACCCACGCACCCCAAGGCAACGGAGCCGUACACCAUAAGCCUCAUCCGGCGCGACCCCCCCACCGGCGCACAGUGGACCAUCGGCUCCCUCCUGAUAUCUCCCCGCUCAACCCCUUCGGUGGUAGUCACCCUCAUUACACCGGGGUACACCACCUUCAGCAACCCCCCCGGGGAAUUCAGACGGGAGAUCAACACAGAUAAACCCGUGACGGCUGUACGACGUCGUGGGCACCGGCGAGGCCAUUCCGCCUUCUCCACCCACUCCUCCGACCAGACCCCGUUACCACACCCCAAAGAACCACAAGCCUACACCUUCCCUUCCCCCUGGUCAACAACCUGCAUCUUCGCCACCGCGCCAUCAGGUCGCGCGCUGAGGUGCACACACGAACUCCCCGCCGUAGACGCGGAGGGCGAGCCGACGGUGGAGGGUGUGGUGGUUAGUGAAUUGCGGUAUAACACGCCUGCCACCUCGCUAUUUGGGCUUGCGAGGCCAAAACAUAGACAUGGUGACAGGCAUGGGGAAAUGGGAAGGAGGAUCCCCGGAACGCUACCUGGGGCGCUACCACGACCAGCGUCACGCACUCGACCGAAAUCCGCACCGUCAUCACCACUACACGCGCCGUCGAAUUGUCUGGCUCACGAGAGUUCGUGGAUGGGAGACGAGGAUGGGGGAGAUAGGGACAGUGGAGCAGAUCUGUCUCUGGGGAGGGAGAAGGCGGGCGGUGGGAGGGCGGGGGGUAGGGCGAAGUUGGGGAAGCUGAUUGUGUUUGGAGAGGGGAUUAAGAUGUUGGAUCUUGUGGUGGCGGGGAAUAUGGGGGUUUGGUAUGAGGGAUGGGGGUACAAGGGGAGUGGUGAGGGGGAGUGGUGA